UCUUCUACACACACACACUUUUCCAUCUCUACUUCUAUCGUAACCGACGAUUCUCCCUGUUGAAAACUCUACUCGCCGGUUGUGUAGUUAUUAAUAUUUUGGAUUAGGAUAUUAAUUUUAUCUAGCGAAUAUAAACUGAAAAUAUGCCAAACAAACCGCAGUUUAAAGUCGCUGAUGUCAACCUGGCAGAGUGGGGUCGAAAGGAGAUCAUGUUGGCAGAGAAAGAGAUGCCUGGACUGAUGGCGCUUCGUGCCAAGUACGGGCCACAGAAGAUCCUGAAGGGAGCUAGAAUCGCUGGGUGUCUGCACAUGACGGUUCAAACAGCUGUGCUUAUUGAGACCCUUACAGAGCUUGGAGCUGAGGUGCAGUGGUCAAGUUGUAAUAUAUUCAGCACACAAGAUCACGCAGCCGCAGCCAUAGCCAAAACAGGAGUGCCCGUGUAUGCUUGGAAAGGAGAAACUGACGAGGAAUACAUCUGGUGUAUAGACCAAACCAUCGUCUUCCCUGACGGCCAGCCUCUAAACCUGAUUCUGGAUGACGGAGGCGAUUUGACAAACCUCGUCCACACAAAAUAUCCGCAAUAUCUUCCUGGAAUCAAGGGAAUCUCAGAAGAAACCACCACUGGAGUACAUAACCUCUACAAGAUGCUCAAGAGCAAAACGCUCAAAGUGCCUGCGAUCAACGUCAACGACUCUGUUACCAAGAGUAAGUUUGACAAUCUGUACGGCUGCCGAGAAUCACUGAUAGAUGGUAUCAAGCGAGCGACAGACAUCAUGUUGGCUGGCAAGGUGUGUAUAGUGGCUGGCUACGGUGACGUAGGCAAGGGCUGUGCUCAGAGUCUGCGGGCAUUCGGUGGUCGAGUCAUCGUCACAGAGAUUGAUCCUAUCAAUGCACUGCAAGCCUCCAUGGAGGGAUACGAGGUUACAACCAUGGAUGAGGCAGCAAAGGAAGGACAGAUUUUUGUUACAACAACAGGCUGCAAGGAUAUCAUUACAGAAAAACACUUCUUGUCAAUGAGAGAUGAAUCCAUCAUCUGCAACAUCGGCCACUUUGACUGUGAGAUUGACGUCUCUUGGCUGGAGAAGAACUCCAAGGAAAAGAUCAACAUCAAACCUCAGGUAGACAGAUACACACUCAGUAAUGGCCGUCAUGUCAUUGUAUUGGCUGAGGGAAGGUUGGUCAACCUGGGUUGUGCCAUGGGUCACCCCUCCUUUGUCAUGAGCAACUCCUUUACCAAUCAAGUGUUGGCGCAGAUUGAGUUAUGGACCAAGUCUGAAGAAUACCCUCUGGGAGUUUACAUGUUGCCCAAAAAGCUGGACGAGGAGGUUGCAAGGCUGCAUUUGGACCAUCUUGGUGUCAAGUUGACCAAGUUGUCAUCAGAACAAGCUUCUUACCUUGGCAUUGCUCAGGAAGGUCCUUUUAAACCUGACCAUUACAGAUACUAAAUCAUACUUACACCACAUGCCUCUCUUUUCUUAUAAUAGAGCUGAACUAUUCCAUGGCAAAGACAGUUUUGUUUGAAUCUUUGAAGCGAUUCUGAACACAUGAGCUAUGUACUAUAUCAGAAAAAGUCUUAUUUCAACAGAUUAAGCACAUUUGUUAACAUUGCAGGUUUUAAAAUGUAUUCCUACUGAUUGGUUCAAGUUUGUCCUAGUUAGAGGGAUUGUUACAAAGAGUUAUCAUAAGUAAAAUAAUGUUUGUACAA